AUGAAGAUCAAAAGCACCAAGAUUUUGCUGGACCAAGCACGCUCCAGUGAGGACGAGCGAAAGCUGAUCGACCACCUUCGGGACAUUGGCCUGGACCGGUACGUCGAACUGCCUCAGAUCGCCGUCAUGGGCGACACCUCCAGUGGGAAAUCCUCGCUACUGUCGGCUCUGUCGGGCGUCUCCUUCCCGUCCUCCGACCAGCUCACGACGAGGUGCCCCACGCAACUCGUUCUCACGCGGGCCGACGCUUUCCGAGGCACCGUCCGACUCGUUCGAUUCCAGUCUGGCAAUAACAGUGACAACGAUGACGGGGAGGAGAAGGCGGAUCUGCAACGACUGGAAGACGUCCCCGACGCCAUCACCAAGCUCACCCAGAAGCUGGUGGACGAAGGCCAGUACAUCAGCGACGACCAGAUCGUGAUCGAGAUGUGCGGGCCCGACCUACCGAACCUCACGCUCACGGAUCUGCCGGGUCUGGUGCGCACGGUGGGCGACCACGAGGACCAGAGUAUCAUCCCGAGGGUGCGGCAGAUGGUGGACCGGUACAUGCAGCAGGAGCGCACCGUGAUCAUCGCGGUGGUGCCGGCCAACGUGGACAUGCACAACAUGGAGAUCUUGCAGGCGGCGCAGGAGGCAGACCCGAACGGGACGAGGACCAUCGCGGUAGUGACCAAGGUGGAUCUGGUGGACGCUGGCGCCGAGCUGGCGGUGCACGAGCUGCUGCUGAACAAGAAGAAGCGCAUGCACCUGGGCUACCACGCAGUCAAGUGUCGGAGCCAGCGCGAGUUGACCAAGGGCACGAGCAUCGAGAAGGGCGUGGCGAACGAGUUGGCGUUCUUCGGUCAGCACGAGUACUGGUGCAAGCUGCCGACGCAUCUGUGGGGCGUUCCGAGGCUGAGUGAGCGGUUGGUGUCGAUUCUGCAAGACAACAUCCGUCGUUCAUUGCCGAAGGUCAUCGCGGAGAUCAGCACGCGCAUGGCUGAGACGCAGAGGGCAUUGUCGAGUUUGGGCACGCCGUUGGAUUCACCGGGAGCGCAGCGUCAGCAGUUUGGCAAGUGGGUCAACCAAUACUUGCGUCUAAUGGAAGCAGCAAUGUCCGGGGAGUACGAACAAAUCCAUUCAGUUCUUGGAUCAUCCAGCGCUCCGGGGGGAUUGCCCGAAGCACAUUUGCGAGCAAUUUUGAGGCAAAAGGAGCUCGUCUUUCGAUCGGAAAUCGAGGCGUCCGGGGCAAACGGAACCCGCGGUACCGAUGUGCUAUGCGACGAAUUUCCUCACGAAUGGCUCGGAGCUUCUCGUUGGUCUUUUGCUUCGAAUACAACCGAUGACUGUCAGAUCAAUGCGCCGACAAUGCUGAAGCAGUUCAUCCAGGCAAAUCGGGGCGACGAACUCGCCAUUUUCCCUUCGUACCGAGUGUUUUGUAGCUGCGUGCAGCGCUGCGUGAGAGAAUGGGUGCUGCCUGCCACCAAGCUACUCGAGCAGUAUCAUACCCAGACAAGUUCGACUUCGCAUCAGUUGGUCUCGGUGCUCCUGGCAGACAGCGGGAAUGUGCGAGUCGAACGAUUAUUCAAGAAAACCACGGAUCGAGUGCUUGAAGUUCUGAAGGAAUCCGCUCAGCGCGAGUUGGCGUUGUCGCUGCAGCACGAAUCUCGGCCCUAUACCCAAGACCAGCGUCUAUACGACGAAUUGGACCGACUUCGCCAGCAAGCGCUGCAAGCUCGACUCGAGGCUGCUCUUCCUGCCGGGAAUAAGCACGGAUUGGUAUCGAUUGCCGACGUCACUCGAGCGUUGGCAGGGAUUUCGAUGGGGCCGUUUGGAUUGUCUUCGGACGAUCGUGAGGCUCUGGAGAUGGAGGUCGCGCUGCGUGCGUAUCUGAAGGUGGCCUCGCAUCGGUUCGUCGAUGUGGUUCCUAUGAAGCUGAAUGGGGUACUGCUGGAGUCAUUCCUUCGUGGAAUGGAGAGUGAACUGCUGGGAGCCGCCACGGAUGAAAAGGUCGAUGAGCUGCUGCAAGAGAGCGAUGACAAGGCGGUGCGCCGUCAACAACUUGUCGACGAGUUGGAAACUCUUGAGAAUGGACGACAGACCAUUGAGAAUAGCGGGUACUGGUAA